AUUGCAGAUACAUGUACAGGCACUGGGAACUCCACGGCGUGUACCGUUAAUCCACAGAACUCGUACCUCCAGAACUACCUGUACGUACUGAUCCUGGGACAGCUGCUGCACGGGGUGGGAGGGACCACACUGUACUCCCUGGGGACAGUGUUUAUAGACGAGAACGUGAAGACCAAGGUGUCGCCUAUAUACAUAGGCAUUCUGUACGCGUUCUCCGCUUUGGGGCCAGCGAUUGGAUACAUAGUCGGAGGCCAGUUCCUUAAUAUCUACGUCGACUUUGAAAAUGUUAAUGUAGAAAAUGUCAACAUAACCCCACAAGAUCCUCGCUGGGUUGGUGCGUGGUGGCUGGGGUUUGUUAUGGCUGGUUUCUUAGCGUGGACGGUGACCGUGGCUCUGUGUGCUUACCCCAGGGAGCUGCCCACCGCCAAGGAGGUGCGAGCAACCAGAGAGUCCCAAGCCCACCAAGAUGGCGGCGAAGACGAAGUCAACCGACCUGGCUUUGGCAAGUCUAUCAGGGACAUGCCAACCGCGGCAAAGGUUCUUCUGAAGAACCCAACGUUCGUGUUCGUGACGCUGGCUGGCUGCACUGAAGGGCUAGUCACUAGUGGCUUCGCUACAUUUCUCCCCAAACUCCUACAAAACCAGUUUGGACUGACGGCCAGCUGGGCGGCCAUGUUGACAGGAUUCGUGGCUGUUCCCGGGGCGGCGGGUGGUCAGCUGCUUGGCGGCAUCAUCUCCAGUAAAAUGAAACUGAAAGUGAAAGGAAUGUUAAAGCUUAGUAUGACAGCCUGCGUCAUGGCAGCACUGCUGGCUGCCUCGUUUUGGAUCAGUUGUGAAACGCCGUCCGUAUUCGGAGUUGAUAUACCUUACCCUAACAGCACCACCGUCCAAGUUAACAACAUUACAGCGGAGUGUAACGCCGGGUGCGGGUGCACCACCUCUAGCUUUGAACCCAUCUGUUUGAACGGCCAGGAGUACUUCACCCCCUGUCACGCCGGCUGCCUGUCGUCUGCGCUGGUCAACGGAUCAAAGGUGUACACAGACUGUAGCUGUAUCGCCGAGGAGCUGGGUUCUAACGUCUCGGCCGCGGCUAGCAUCACCACAGGACGCUGUACCGCCGAGUGUUGGACGCUGUACCUAUUCUUACCCAUUGCAUUGGUGCUGAUACUAUUUACGUUCAUGUCGGCCACACCUGCCACCUCUGUUACUCUCAGGUGUAUUCCUGACGGACAGAGAGCCUUUGGUCUUGGAUUGCAGUGGGUUUUCAUCAGAUUCUUAGGCACGGUACCGGGACCAAUCCUGUUCGGCGCCAUCAUUGACGGUACGUGUCAGCUCUGGCAGCAGAACUGCACGGAGAACGGCUCGUGUUGGAUUUACGACAGCGCCUUGAUGGGGAGGAACUUCUUCUUCCUCGGCCUCGGCGUCAAGUGUUUGACUGCCCUGUUCUUCUUCCUCGCUCAUUAUUGCUACAAGCCUCCGUCCACGAGGAAAAUGGUGAAGUCGAUGACCCAGCAAACUCUAAAUGUGAGAAAGGUUUCCACCUUCAGCUCGGCAUCACAGACGUCAAACAACUUGUGAUCGCCGCAUUUGUUGGGUAAACCUCUAGUCACGCUGUUCAUUUGUGAUUCUUUAGGCCCAAAUGGAAUCCCUUUAGAUGGCAAAAGUUUUACGGUUCCCCCGUCCCGUAUACCACACA